AACAGAGUCGCCCGCGUCAUUUCGGGUGGUGACAAAACCCUAGAGUCGCCCGCGUCUUCUUCUUCUUCUUCUUCUUCUUCUUCGAAACACUCGUCGCAAAGGGGAGCAGAUUUUGGCCAGAAUCGUUUCGGCCAACGGAAUAUUGAAUUUAGAAUUAGGCUUGCGCUUGGAAUCUAUGGGUGUUUUCCUUUCCAAAUUCAGUGCUUGCAGAGCUUAUUUUCUAGAAAUACUGUAUUUUUACCUGAAAUGGCUGGUCAGAGAAACAGUUACGGAAAGCGGUCUCAUUCUUACUCGGAUUAUGACGAUGGAAGAAACAAGAGAAGAAAUUCAGGUGAAGAUAGAGACCCUUUGGUCAUUGACCCUCGUGAUACUGUUUACCGGUAUUUGUGCCCCGGUAAAAGGAUUGGAACGAUCAUUGGGAAGGGAGGUGAAAUUGUCAAACAGUUGAGGUUAGACACCAACGCCAAGAUUAGAAUUGGUGACACCAUACCCGGGUGUGAUGAUCGCGUGGUUACCAUCUACAGCUCUAGUGACGAGGCUAAUCCAUAUGCAGAUGGUGAUGAUAAGAUCUCACCAGCUCAGGAUGCUCUAUUCAGGGUGCACGAUAGAGUUGUUGGGGAAGAUUUGCGUGUCGAUGCAGACUCUGAAGAAGGCGGCGGUCAGCAAGUGACUGCGAGGCUUCUUGUUCCAUCUGAUCAGAUAGGUUGCAUUAUCGGGAGAGGUGGGCAGAUUGUGCAGAGUAUCCGUACUGAAACACGCACACAGAUCCGCAUUUUGAAGGACGACCAUUUGCCACUCUGUGCACUGAGCUCUGAUGAGCUUGUACAGAUUUCUGGUGAAGCUGGAACAGUAAAAACGGCACUAUAUCAGAUUGCUGCUCGCCUUCAUGAAAAUCCAUCACGGUCUCAGCACUUGCUGGUUUCUGCUGUCCCCAACAUGUAUCCUUCUGGUGGUUCACUGAUUGGUCCUACUGGUGGGGCACCAAUUGUUGGAAUGGCUCCAUUGAUGAGUCCUUAUGGAGGAUACAAAAGUGAUGCUAGAGAUUGGUCGCGGUCCUUGUACUCGACACCCAGAGAGGAACUUCCACCUAGAGAAUUUUCUCUUCGUAUGGUUUGUCCAAGUGGAUAUAUAGGUGCCGUGAUUGGAAAAGGUGGUGCCAUCAUUAAUCAAAUUAGACAAGAGACUGGAGCCGGUAUAAAGGUUCAUAGCUCAGCUGCUGAUGAUUGCUUGAUAACAAUUUCAGCCAGGGAGGUGUUUGAUGAGCAACAUUCUCCAACAAUUGAAGCAGCCUUGCGGUUGCAACCCAGAUGUAGUGAGAAAACCGAGAGAGAUUCCGGACUUCUCUCAUUUACAACCCGGCUGCUUGUACCUUCUUCACGAAUUGGAUGCCUUCUCGGUAAGGGCGGAGCUAUUAUCAACGAGAUGAGGAAUGUUACAAAUGCUAACAUACGUAUCCUUGGAAAGGACAAUGUUCCUAAAGUUGCAGCGGAUGAUGAUGAGAUGGUACAGAUCUCUGGGGAACUUGAUGUUGCCAAGGAUGCACUCAUUGAAGUAAGCCGGAGGUUAAGGGACAAUGUAUUUGACCGAGAUCGUGGUGCAGCCUCUGCUUAUUUGCCAGUGCUACCCUAUGUCCCUGUUUCAACUGAUGUGUCAGAUGACUUUCAUUAUGAUGCCAGAGAUAGUAGAAGGGUUGGACGCGGACAUACUUAUGCUGGUGGUUAUGCCUUGAGUGAUUAUCCUGCCAGUGACACAUAUGGUAGUUACAGUAAUUCACAGAUCGGUGGUAGUGGUGGUCCAUAUGGACCCUAUGGGAGUUAUUCGUCUGCACGUGCAAGCACUUCUGGGUAUUCUAACCAGGCCCCGACAGCACGGCGUAGAAACCAUUACUAGAAUUCAACAAUAGCCACAUGGAGGUAGAAUUGAUUCUCCUUUUCUUUUUAAUUUUGUUACUCUUUUCCCCUUUUCUAUGAAAGCAGUUCUUAUUUCUUAUGAUAUUGGCCAAUCAGACUCCUAGUGCCCCCUAGUUCCAUUUGGUCAACCUAUCAUGUGUUGACCGUUCGAGGAUUCUGAUGCUCAUAUGUUACCGUGCUUGCCUUUUUCCGUCCCAUAACAACAGCUGAGAUCCUGAAGCCUGAUGCCAGACCUACUUCCUCUUUUGAUGAAGCCUACAGCCUUAAGCUGGAAGACCCCGGACAUUGCCCUUGACGAUCUCCCCUAGAGGAACCAAACAUAAGUGAAGAUCCUGAAACUUAUCAAAUCUGCCUUGUCCCUGACAACAAACCAAGCUAUAUGUGAUGUGCUUCCAAGAACCUGUAGUUGCCUUACCUCUGUUGCUUUUGCUUUCAAACUGUUCGUUUUAAUCUUGGAACCCUGUUGCUUCUAAGUCUAUUCAUUUUGGCUCUUGUACUCCAAAGCACUCUGUUUCUACCGCACUAGACCGUCCCUCUGAUUCCCGGCCUUGAAUGGGCUGGAUUACCCCGUUCACUGUUCUGCUACUAUGAGUACUAUGUAAAUCUAAUGUUUUCUUGAAUUGCAGAAUGGAUCCUUCCUUUCAUCUUCAUAAUCAUUCAGUAAGCUAGUCUUCUUCAUUUAACUAGGAAGUUUGUCAAUGAACAGAAGUUUGGUUUGGUUUGGAGAAUUUGUUCAUCUGAUACUAACGAGUGGUUCGUUGUAAUGUAUUCUGGUUAAAGUUCCCGUUGGUAAUUACAACACUCUAGCACUAGACAGUAGAACACCCAGAACCUGGGGGGUUGUAGGUGCAUUUAGUUGCUCCAUCAGAUGGUUUAAUACGAUCAUGCCUGUAGGUUUUUUGGUUACUUGCAUGGAUUAUGUUUGGUUAUUUCAGGGGAAGUUGAUGACUCAAUGGAGAAAGGCAUGUUGUAUCACAUUGUGAACGUUAGUUAGCAAGCCUGGGGAUUUGAUAGUUGUUAUUGAUCUUCGGUUGGAGUUUUUUGUGUUUCCUUAGAUCCAUGGUUCAUAUCAUUAUAUGCCAGUUACCUGAUAUUUGGAUACCUUGAGCAGGUUUUGACCAUUCCAGACGGGAGGAAAUCUUCUCUUAUCCUUUGUAAGGGAAGUAUCUUUUUUUUUUUAACGUCAAUCAGUGCGGAAUGACUGAAGUCCUGAACAGGACUUUCAUAGCAUGAAAACUGUGCAUUACUUGUCUGCUGUAGUUUUUUGGAUUUUGGUUUGCUGCCAUGAGUGUGUUUUGCAGGUUUUAAUGACGUCUCCAGUUAUCUGGAUGUAUACAUGCAUGCCCGCUGAAAUUUCCAAGUCGAAGGGGUAGUGGAUAACAAGCUUCUCUCGCUUCAUACAAGAAUGGAAGGAUGGUGUGGAGUUGUUUAUGGGUAUUUCAUUGCUCUUUGCUUUGUCUUUCCCAUGACGGAGUACUUGAACAUCAUUAUAUAGGAGGCUCGGGGGUGUGAGAUAGCUUGCUCCGAAGGUGGAUCCCUUUUUGGAUGCUUGGUCGUUGUUAUCAGACGAGUCUUAUAAAUAACAAGGAAUAUGAGAAAGCUGAGGAGGACUACUCAACUAGGUCCGUUGAUCUCUCUCUGGCCUUUGUUAGAGGGAUGAGUUCCAAUUUGCAGGCAUCAACUGCUGUAGUAGAUAUCGACUUGCUUUCGAGGUCGAAGUGAAAGCGAGUUACCAUAAGUCUUAGUUAAGACUUAGUACAUGGUGUAUGUGUAACAACACUAGAGGUGUAAGUUGCACUUGCUGCCAAUAUCCAGCCAUCCAGCUGGUCUAGAAAUACAGUCGGGUCAGUCUAUGUCAUUCAUAGGCUUUAUAUGUGUAAGCAGGGCUGCCUAUUGAAGAGUAAAUUUGGCCACCUAACUCUCUGCUGUUGCUGUACGCACCUCUUCUUUUGUGUGUGGGAAAGCAGCUGUUCAACACUUCUUUCAAUAGUCGUCGUUUUCGUUAUCUUAGUUCUUGACUAAUUGUAUGUAAAUGAUCAAUUGAA